AUGACGAUUGAAAAAUGUGUCUGGUGGAAAGAUGCAGUUGUAUAUCAAAUUUGGGUACCAUCUUAUAAAGAUUCAAAUGGUGAUGGUGUUGGUGAUUUGCCAGGUGUAAUUUCCACUUUAGACUAUCUUAAAGACUUAGGUAUUGAUAUGAUUUGGUUAAGUCCAAUGUAUGACUCGCCUCAAGUUGAUAUGGGUUAUGACAUUAGUGAUUAUCAAAAAAUAUAUCCAAAAUAUGGAACAUUAAACGAUAUGCAAGAAUUGAUAGAUAAGUGUCAUGAUAAGGGGAUCAAAAUUAUACUUGAUUUAGUUGCAAAUCACACCUCCUCAGAGAAUAAAUGGUUUCAAGAAUCAAGAUCUUCAAAAAAUAAUCCUAAACGAGAUUGGUAUUUUUGGAGGAAACCAAGAUAUGAUGAAAGUGGUAAUCGUAUUGAGCCAAAUAAUUGGAUGAGUUAUUUUUCUGGAUCUGCUUGGGAAUAUGAUGAAACAACAGAUGAAUAUUAUUUAAGAUUGUAUGCUAAAGAUCAACCAGAUUUAAAUUGGAAUAAUUAUGAAGUAAGAAAUACAAUUUAUGAUUCUGUUAUAAAUUGGUGGUUUGAAAAAGGUGUUGAUGGUUUUAGAAUUGAUACAGCUGGGAAAUUUUCAAAAGUUGAAUCAUUUCAAGAUGCUCCAAUUAUUUUAAAAGAUUCAUUUUAUCAACCAGUUGGAAAUUUAGCUUUAAAUGGGCCAAGAAUUCAUGAAUUUCAUAAAGAAAUGUUUGAUAGAUGCUGGUCUAAAUAUGAUGCAUUUGUUGUUGGUGAAGUAGGUAGAUGUAGUAAACAAGAAGCUCUAAAAUAUGUUGGAAAAUCUCGUAAUGAAAUGAAUGCAAUUUUAUUAUUUGAUGUUGUUAAAUUAAUUUAUGAAAAGAAUGACAGGUUUCAAAAAACUAAAUGGGAUUUAAUUGAUUUUAAAAAAGCGAUUGAUAAACAAUGUAAUCUUAUUAAAGGUACUGAUGCAUGGUCAACAAUUUUUUUAGAAAAUCAUGAUGAGCCAAGAUGUGUUUCAAAGUUUAUAAAUACAAACUACAGAGUUGAAGGUGGUAAGUUAUUAACAAUGCUUCAAAGUACAUUAAGUGGUACAUUAUUUAUUUAUCAAGGUCAAGAAAUUGGUAUGACUAAUUUGCCUAGAAGUUGGGAUAUUUCAGAAUAUAAAGAUAUAGUAACUAUAAACUAUUAUAAUGAAUUUAAAGAAAAAUAUGGUAAAGAUGCAGAUUUUAAGGAAAAAGAAGAGAAGUUAAUAGAUGUUAUAAAAUUUUGUUCUAGAGAUCAUGCUAGAUCUCCUGUCCAGUGGAAUUCAGAAAAGUUUGCUGGGUUUUCAACAGUUGAACCAUGGACUAGGGUCAAUGAUAAUUAUAGUGAAAUCAAUGUUGAAUCUCAAUUGAAUGAUCCAAACUCAAUUUUAUCAUUUUACAAACAAUUGAUAAAAUUAAGAAAACAAUUUAAAGAUUUAUUUACUUAUGGAGAAUUCGAAGUAUUAGAUUAUGAUAAUACAAUUUUAUUUACUUAUGUUAAAAAACUGCCAAAGUUUGAAGUACCAAAAGUUUAUGUUGUUUUGAAUUUUUCAUCAAAAUGGGUGAAGUUUGAAAAAUUAAUUGAAGGAAAUUUCAAUUUGUUAGUCACCAAUGUUUCAAAGAAAGACAUAUUAGAUGAAAAAUUAUCACCUUACGAGGGUAGAGUGUAUAUUAUUGAAUAA